AAAGAAUCCUCCAUCUGUAAGGAGUUCAUUCUAAUAUCUUUGUUAAAAGAAUAUUAGUGUUUUAAAAUGUCUCGCUUCGUGGUACUCGCUAUCUUUGUCCAGGUCUGCCUACUCCAGAUGGUUCUUAGCCAGCAAUGCGGAUGUAACCAGUACUACCCGUCCGGCAUAAGCUCGCAGAGCUGCGGCUCGUACGGCGGCACCGGCACCGGACAGGUGGGAGUCUCCGGUAACAUCGACGCGUGCGGCAACACCUGCGUGCAGGGAUCCGUGCCCGUGCUCGGCGACGUUGACUUCUGCGGAUGCGUGCCCGCCUGUGGAUCCGUGUCCAUCUGCGGACAGUGCGGAUGUGGAUGCCAAUGAUCUUUGCACUAGACUCAAAAAUUAAUAAAAGAAAAUUAAUGGAA